CUGCUGGAUGGGGGCAAGCGCACACAUUAUCCAGUAUAUAUAAUCGGUCGAUACACCAAGAUAGAAACAAGCUCGCCGGGCACCAAGCCACCACGAUAAUCUUUAGCUUGAGGUUGAAACAAACACUUGAUGGCGAGUCAUAUCUUCCUGCACCUCGCGCUACUGCUGCUACUCUGCAGCGCCAGCCAAGGUGAGGAGCUGGGCGCAGAUGCAGCGGGCCGGUCUCCGUGCCGGGCGGCGGACCUGGUGGUGCGGCAGUCGGCGACUGGGCGGGUGGUGGAGGGGAAGCCAGAGUACGCGGUUGAAGUGAGCAACCGCUGCCGGUGCGCGCAGUCCAGGGUGCUGCUCCGAUGCUACGGCCUCAGCAGCGUCGAGACCGUGGACCCGCGGGCGAUCCGGCCAGUGGAUGACGAGCGCUGCCUGCUCCGGGACGGACGCCGGAUCCAGAGGGGCGCGCCGGUGCGGUUCAACUACGCCUGGAUGACGCCCUUCGACUUCCCACUGCUCAGCUCACAGGUUCGCUGCUAGUUGUAGGUGCCUGCCAAGCUCGAUCGAUAGUAGGAAUGUAAUGAGAUGUUUUACACUGCCCGCAUUGUAAGUGGUAACAUGAGGUACGGAUCGAUUUGGCCCGCUUGUUUUUGACAACCAUAUCAAUGUUGUGGAAUAAAUCUUGACGCAG